AUGACAGGAAACCAGGAAUCACAGGAUUACCACCAUCUGGGUGACUGUGACUCUACACAGACAUUAAUCACCUGUGCUUUUGACCCUUCAGAGAAAAUCAGGCAAACAGCAGGAAUCACGGCUGUGUUUGUGAAUGUUGAGCGUCUGUCCCCUUUGUCUGAGAGGGAGUUUGAGGAAGCCUGGGGAGUGAAAGUCUUUGACAGAUACUCAGUUGUUCUUCACAUUUUCCGCUGCAACGCCAAAACCAAAGAGGCUAAGUUACAGAUCUCACUGGCAGAGAUCCCCUUAUUAAGAUCCCGACUGAAAAAUGAAAUGGCGAACUUGGAUCAGCAGGGUGGAGGGUCGAGGUACAUUGGUGGCUCAGGUGAGACUCUGUACGAGGUCCAGCAGAGGCUAUUAAAGGAGCGGGAGAUGAAGAUUCGCUCAGCGCUGGAAAAACUUCGGAAAAAGAGGCACCUGCUGCGAUCUCAGCGUAAACACAAGGAGUUCCCUGUCGUGUCUGUGUUAGGAUACACUAACUGUGGAAAAACGACCCUUAUCAAAGCUCUGACUGGUGACAGCGGCCUGCAGCCCAGGAACCAGCUGUUUGCUACCCUGGACGUCACCGUCCAUGCCGGCCAGCUGCCGAACCGCAUGACAGUUCUGUACGUGGACACCAUCGGUUUCUUGUCCCAGCUGCCCCACCAGCUCAUCGAAUCCUUCUCUGCCACCCUGGAGGACAUUAAACACUCUGAUCUGCUGGUUCACGUCAGAGACAUCAGUCAUCCGGAGACGGUUAAUCAGAAGGUGAACGUACUGAAUGUCCUGAAGAACCUGCAAAUCCCCGAAAGGCUGAUGAGCUCCAUGAUAGAAGUCCACAAUAAAACUGACCUUAUUGACAAUUAUCAGGCUGCAGAGCCCAGUGCACUGCCCAUAUCUGCCCUGGAGGAGCGAGGCCUGGACGAGCUGCAGCGAGCAGUGGAAGAGCAGAUUGUAAAAUCUACAGGGAAACUCAUUUUAGACCUCACAGUUAACCUCAGCACUCCUCAGCUCAGCUGGCUCUACAAAGAAGCAACCGUUCAGGACGUGCAGGUGAAUGCAGACGAAGGAUCGGCUGUCGUCAGGGUCAUCAUUAGCGCCGCCGCUCAUGGACGCUACAAGAAACAGUUUGGAGAGAGAUAAUACAGGAGGGAUCCUUCCAGCUGCAGCAGCAGCACACAAGGACUGCAAACUACUCCAUAAGAAAAGAAUUUAUUAUUGUACAGCAUAAUAAAAUAUCUAAAGAUA